UAUAUACAUAUAUAUAUAUAUAUGCUCAUAUGCUUAGCACCACUUACUUUAGUCGCUGCUGUUUCUGCUUUGCCUUCGCCGAGCCGUCAUCAUCUUCUUCGAGGUUGUAAAAGAUGGCCGACGCUGAGGAUAUUCAACCCCUUGUCUGCGACAAUGGAACUGGAAUGGUGAAGGCUGGCUUCGCUGGUGACGAUGCUCCGAGGGCGGUGUUCCCAAGUAUUGUCGGUCGUCCCAGACACACUGGUGUCAUGGUCGGGAUGGGUCAGAAAGAUGCGUACGUUGGUGAUGAAGCCCAGUCCAAAAGAGGUAUUCUCACUCUGAAGUAUCCUAUCGAACACGGUAUUGUUAGCAACUGGGAUGACAUGGAAAAGAUCUGGCAUCACACCUUCUACAACGAGCUCCGUGUCGCUCCUGAAGAGCACCCGGUUCUCCUGACCGAGGCCCCUCUUAACCCUAAAGCCAACAGGGAGAAGAUGACUCAGAUCAUGUUCGAAACUUUCAAUGUCCCUGCCAUGUAUGUUGCGAUUCAGGCCGUUCUAUCUCUCUACGCCAGCGGCCGUACAACCGGUAUCGUGCUGGACUCAGGUGAUGGUGUAUCCCACACUGUUCCAAUCUACGAGGGUUAUGCCCUUCCACAUGCUAUCCUCCGUCUCGAUCUCGCCGGUCGUGAUCUCACCGAUUCUCUCAUGAAGAUUCUCACCGAGAGAGGUUACAUGUUUACCACCACUGCUGAACGUGAAAUUGUCCGUGACAUCAAGGAGAAACUAGCAUAUGUUGCUCUUGACUACGAACAAGAGCUCGAGACCGCAAAGAGCAGCUCCUCGGUGGAGAAGAACUACGAGCUCCCCGACGGGCAAGUCAUAACAAUCGGAGCUGAAAGAUUCCGGUGCCCGGAGGUCCUGUUCCAGCCGUCAAUCAUCGGGAUGGAAGCACCCGGAAUCCACGAAACCACAUACAACUCGAUAAUGAAAUGCGACGUCGACAUCAGAAAGGAUCUGUACGGAAACAUCGUCCUAAGCGGUGGAUCAACGAUGUUUCCGGGAAUAGCAGAUCGUAUGAGCAAGGAGAUCACAGCGCUUGCGCCAAGCAGCAUGAAGAUAAAGGUGGUUGCGCCUCCAGAGAGAAAAUACAGUGUCUGGAUAGGAGGCUCGAUCCUCGCAUCCCUCAGCACCUUCCAGCAGAUGUGGAUAUCGAAGGGCGAGUACGAUGAGUCGGGUCCGUCGAUAGUUCACAGGAAGUGCUUCUGAAGUCCGUACACGAUCCGGUCGCCCGUACGGUGGUGAGUUGUCGUUUAUUUUCAAGCGUGGGUUUGGAUGGAAGUGAAGGAUAAAAGCCGUACUUACUGUUGUGUAAGAUCUUCCUCGUAAUAUGAAUGUCCAAGUCGGAAAUAUCUUAAGAAGCCUUUAUUUAAACCCUGUCUCUACGUUUAUCACUAGGGUUGUUUGUAGCCGGAGAGUGGUUUGUGAUGAUUUUUUCAUGUUUUUUUUUAUAAAAAAAAAAAAAUAUCUGGCCCAUUGUUUUGCUUAUCCUUUAUAAAUAAUAUUUGUUUGGUUGUCCCAAGGUUAAA